AUGUCCGGCCACAUGCAAACCUCAACGCUUCACCGGCGUACCUCUCGCAGCUCAGGCAGCCAAUCAGCAUGCCGAUCAUCUCGCGUUGAAAAGACAAAGAGCCACCACAACAGCCCAAAGAGCAUGGAGAGGAGAAAGACUACCACCGAGACCAAGCUCUACGCUUCGUUGGACGACCACUACAGAAUGAUGUUCGGUGUACCAGCCGAGGAAACCGAAGACCGUCCCCAACCAAGCAGACCUGUGAGCUGGCACCCAUCGUCUGCACAGUUCCAGGCUUCACAACAAACCAACUACUUCGAGCCCAUGCCUCAACAACACUGGUCACAACACUACUCACCCUCAUCUCGCGACUCUCAACACGGCUCUGACUUCUACUCUUUGUCCACACGGAACUCCAUGUUCGAGCCUAUGACCAGCACCCCGACAUACACCAACACCCAGUCCGAGAGCGGCUGGCAAAGCGUUCAGCCCACACCCGGCUAUGUCCACUCUUCUCUAAACACUCCCUCGACCGAGCCCCUCCCAUGGUACCUGCAGCAAUGGGCUCAAAAGAACCAGGCUCAAGCAUCUACCGACUUCCUGCCUAUUCAACACCCUGCUCAGCAAGACCAGGAUAUGGAAGACGAUGAUGGCGAGAAGCUAGUCGCACUGGGUCUCUACGAUGCACCAGAGCCCUCAUUGAGCUGGGGUGCCCUCAACAACGAAGGAACUGGAAAGGGUCUCAAGCUCGAGGAGACUUGGCAGCCACCUGAGGCUGACGAUGAAGAGGAGGAAGAUGACGAUGCCAGCUCUGAGGCCAGCGUCGAGGAGCCAUCGCCGCCUCUGCCGGCACAACAGGCACAGCACCUGCCCGUUCAUGUCAAAGCUCAAACACCAAACAACAUGGAAGGACAGAGCUUCUUCUUCGACGAAGACGAGUCGGUGACCAAGGAGUGGUGGUUUCACCAAAUGAAGCAGCCCACCAUGCCGGUGCGGGACGCCGGGCUGGGAUAUGGCUGGUUGUAA